AAUGCAUACAAACACAAUAAAAUAACAAUAGAUAUGUCAAAACACACAUACAUGAUAUGAUCAAAGACUGCAGACAUACUACAGGAGAUGACCAGAGACUGCGGACAUACUACAGGAGAUGACCAGAGACUGCAGACAUACUACAGGAGAUGACCAGAGCUGUGGACAUACUACAGGAGAUGACCAGAGACUGCGGACAUACUACAGGAGAUGGUCAGAGACUGCAGACAUACUACAGGAGAUGGUCAGAGACUGCAGACAUACUACAGGAGAUGGUCAGAGACUGCAGACAUACUACAGGAGAUGGUCAGAGACUGCAGACAUAGUACAGGAAAUGGUCAGAGACUGCAGAUAUAGUACAGGAAAUGGUCAGAGACUGCAGACAUAGUACAGGAAAUGGUCAGAGACUGCAGACAUAGUACAGGAAAUGGUCAGAGAUGGUACUACAGGAGAUGGUCAGAGACUGCAGACAUAUUACAGGUACUGUGGAUGGUGUGGUGAUAGA